AUGUUCGACCCGGAGGCUGCGGUUUGGUAUGAGAAACUACCAAGCAGUGGUCUAGGAGAUUUAUAUGCCAAGAACAUCUCUGCCCCUGGACUGUCAAUGCUGUUUCCCCAUGUCCACUGCACGGAAGACGGCCAGAUUUGCCAGGUGACCACGGGCGAGUCGGAGAUCAAUGCCGCGUCUACCAUCAUGGCAAUGGUCCUCUCGGACAAGUUUGACCUGAAGAAGACGUACUUCAUGAUCGGCGGCAUUGCAGGCGUGAGCCCUAAGUACGGCACGCUCGGCAGCGUCGCACUGGCCAGGUACGCCGUCCAGGUUGCGCUGCAGUACGAGUUUGACGCGCGAGAGAUGCCCGAGAAUUUCACGACAGGGUACUUGGCAUAUGGCACUUAUUACCCGACCGAGUACCCCACAACCAUCUACGGCACCGAAGUGUUCGAGGUCAACGAGGCGCUGCGGGAGAUCGCAUACGGCUACGCUGUCAAAGCCACCUUGUCCGACAACGACGAGGCAGCGGUGUACAGGGCCAAGUACGCCCCCGUGAGCAUGUACUCGGCAGCCACUACCGCUCCAUCCGUCAUCAAGUGCGACUCGGCCACAAGCGACGUUUACUACUCCGGUACUUUGCUCAGCGAGGCGUUUGAGAACACAACUACCAUUUGGACAAACGGCACUGGCGAGUACUGCAUGACCGCACAGGAGGACAAUGCCACGCUCGAGGUCAUGGUUCGCAUGGCAAUUGAGGGUCUCGUCGACUUCUCCCGUAUCAUCGUUAUGAGAACCGGUUCGGAUUUUGACCGCCCACCCCCGGGCGUUUCUGCCUUUGACCAUCUGCGCUUGUCCGACCAGAACGGCUUCGGCAUUGCAAUCGAUAACAUCUACAAUGCCGGUGUUGAAAUUAUCAAGGGCAUUCUCAAGAACUGGGACUGCACCUUCAAGAAGGGUAUCAAGCCGACCAACUACAUUGGCGACAUCUUCGGCAGCUUAGGCGGCGAGCCCGACUUCGGCCCCGGCAGUCUGACGGACGGUGCCGGAGUCUUGCCCGGGGGCCAGACCGGCGACCUAGCGAAGAGGAGCAUCCCAAUGAGAGGCCGAGUAAAGAGGCGUGCGUAUGUGCCCGCGGCACUCUGA